CCGCCCGCCUUAUAUGUCGGUUCGCGCCGCGGGCGCGGCAGCGCCGCCCGCCAGCUCAGCCCAGCCCAGCGAGGGCCAGCCCGGCCCGGCCCUCAGCGGCGCCGCGCCCUCCAGCCCGAGGAAGAAAAAGGUCUGACGCGUAGAGGCGUACCUCAGAACUUCUUACAGCCUUGCUAGUCCGUUCCUGUGGCGCGAACGGUUCGCUCUUACGGUUUUUCUCACGCAUCAGGAAUGUCUUCUGAGCCCACUUCAUCUGCCUCGCAGCAGUCCCCUGCCUCUCCACCCUCACCCAGUUCUCUCCAUCUUCCUGAAAACCGCAGGGUGAGAGAUCGCUCCCCGUCACCCAUGAGAGGGUACCUCAUCCCCAGUCCACUGCCCACCCGACGGACCAGGACGUUUUCAGCAACUGUGAGAGCAUCGGAGGGUCCCGUCUACAAAGGUGUCUGUAAAUGCUUCUGUCGCUCCAAAGGCCAUGGCUUCAUUACCCCUGCAGAUGGAGGGCCCGACAUCUUCGUACACAUCUCUGAUAUCGAAGGCGAGUAUGUUCCUGUGGCAGGCGAUGAGGUCACCUACAAGAUGUGCACCAUCCCACCGAAGAAUGAGAAGCUUCAGGCGGUGGAGGUGGUGAUUACCCAUCUCGCUCCUGGAACCAAGCACGAGACCUGGUCGGGGCAUGUCGUCAGCUCCUGAGGCAUCCCAGAGGGAGCGCGGCCGCUGCCUGCGUGGUCACUGCUCAAAAACUGGCUGCAGGGGACCUGUCCUACGAAUAUUCUAUGUAUUGUGCAGGAGGAAAUGCUGCAUUGUCAAUAAAGCAGAAGUAGGCUGAAUUUACCAGUUUUACAGCUGGGCUCAAAAAAAACAAGGCACUUCAGAUGCUAAUGGAAAAAACCCCUAUCUUAAUGUGUUUACAGAGAACAUAUUUUAAAGAGACCUAGUUUGUGCGCUUAGUGGAGGGGAGGGAGGUUUGGUUUUUCUUUUACCUUUUGAACUGAUUCCAGUAAAUACCAAGGUUUGAAGGAGAGCCCUUCUAGUGCAGACGGCCGUAGCAGAGGCACAACUCCGAGGCCCUGGAGGUGCAUGAGCACUGUGCUCCUUUGAGCAGCCCUUCUGUAAAGUUUGGAGUGCAUUUAUUGCUGAUAACAGUGCCUGAAUGCCUUGGCUUGAGAGAGAGGUGUUCAUUGCUGCGGUUUGUUUUCCUUGUGGAAGGAAGUUCACAAACAGAGCAGCUGCCCCAGGGCGGACAAUCUCCAGCUGGUGGUUAUGCUCUGAUGGCUGUGGCUGGGUGCCCUUCAGGUGCACCAUUUGCAAACGGCAUGCCUGUGUAUGUGGGGAAUAUUGUUUUAAAGCUUGGAUUGUUUGUGAUUUACUUAGGUGCCUUGACGGUUGAUUAGCAACAGAUUUUAUAGGCCAGUAUAAAAAACCCAGACAAACCAAAAUUUAAAAAAUUCGCUUCAAGGUAAGUGGUAGAAGGUUGUAGAGUAGUGGAUACUCCAUGGCCCAUGGCAGUGUCUGAAUUUAGACAAAGCUGAUCACCUUCCUGAUUGCAUAUAGUUGAAUGUCUGCCAUAGUAUUUCACUGGGUCGGCAGAAUAACUGUACUUCUGAAAAGCAGGUCACAUGCUGUUCAGAUGACCAUGUGUAAAAUACUGCGUGAGUUACUUAAUAGGCUCAGCUGUCUUGGUGAAGUGGAUUCUGCAGCUGUUUUCCUGGAAAACUUGCUUGGUAGGAUGUGGUAUGGUCACCCUUGCCCUGACUCUCCUCUGCCUGCAAGAUUUCUUGUAGCUGUAGUGCAACUAAGAUAGUUCUGUUGCUAUUUGCCUUCCACAUUUUUUUAAUUAUGUUCCUAACAGUGGAUUUUUAUUGACUUUGCAAAUAAAAAAAGUAAAAAAGAUGGCAUGAUACUCUUCUGUUAGUUGUGUGAAACGGUGUAACUUCACUUGCCUAUUUGCAGUUCCAACAGCAGGUGCUCGCUGUUGUGAAAUGUCUUAAGACUCUCUCACAGCAGAUGAUCUGUUCCCGGGUCUGACCUGGGGAGAGCACAGAUGUGUGCAGGUUAGUAACCACUGCGAUGGCUUGUUUUACCUCAGCUGUACCUGUGUGAUGCUAUAGUGUACAAUAAUGACCAGCCUGUAGUGGUGUUUUGGGUUUUUGUUUGGUUUUUUAUUAACCGUAAGGCUUAGUAGUUGUGGUUUUAACACUGUUCAGCUUGUUGGAGUAUCACACGCUGUGUCCUUUACAAUAAAUGUGACCAUUAUAAUGCUUUAA